AUGGACGAAACGGGGUCAUUAGGGGGGUGGAGUUAUGACAAUGCCUGCUUGUACGUACUAGCUAUCAAUGUUCUGGCACUUGUGUACACCAAAUUGCAGUUACCAUCCUCAAUCUGCCUUGUAGUCUCGGGAAAACCUCUGUGGAAGAGUCCUGGUUUCCUCGUGUAUGAUUUUCUUGGUGACAAGAUCCUUUUAUCACUCUUAGCAACUGGGGUAGGUGCGGCAUUUGGUGCUACACUGGAUCUCAAGAAAAACCUGGAUGACUUGGAUGAUAUCCUUCAAGAAAACUAUAACAACACGGCCCUUUCCCUAAUUCGAGUAAAACUUGAUGAUUUUUUCAACAAGGCCUAUGUCUCAGCAGGAUUCCUUCUCAUUGCUUUCCUCACCUCAAUAAUUUCGUCUAUAAUUUCAUCUUUGGAUCUCACCAAGAAGACCUACUAA